CGGAAGAGGCUACACGGCAACAAAGAAAGCCGCCACCAUGCGUGUCUCGCUUAACUCGCUCGUGACUAUGUUCCACUCCGCCGUAGGAGGCUUGGGUGAGCGAUCUACGAAUCCGAUCGGAGAACAGCAGCUCCCUGUGGUGGUAGUGGGUGGAGGCUUGGCGGGCCUGGCUGCUUCCAUCGAGGCAUCUAGGGCAGGGGCUCCGGUGGUGUUGAUGGAGAAGGGCAGCCGGAUCGGCGGGAACUCUGCCAAGGCUACGUCAGGUAUCAACGGGGCUUUGACCACGGCCCAGACGUUGAAGGACGACAGCGACACGCUGCAGUCCUUCAAGGCCGAUAUCAUCAAGUCGGGCGGGGGGCGCAGCACACCCGAGCUAGUGGACGUCUUGGUGGAGAAGAGCGCUGAGGCCGUGGAGUGGCUGGAGUCUUUCGGGCUGGACCUGUCUCUCCUCUCUCAGUGCGGCGGGCACCAGGCGCCCCGGACACACCGCAUCCCGCCGGGAUCCGACGGCCGCCCCGUGCCUGUAGGAUGGACGACGGUGCAGAAGGUGUACAAGUAUGUCGAGGACCACCCGGAGGAGAUAUCGGUCAUGACCAACGCGCACGUGACGUCCUUGACGACAAACGACGCCGGCCGGGUCACGGGGGUGCGUUACCAGCAGGAGGGUGACGGGGACCAAAUCGAGUUGCCAGCAGCGUCUGUGGUGCUCACUACCGGAGGCUACGCGUACGACCGAUCCGAGGGGUCCCUCCUGUCCGAGUUUGCGCCGGAACGCCUCCACCUGGCGACCACCAGCGGUCCGCAGGCUACCGGGGACGGCGUGAGGCUGGGCCAGGCCGCCGGCGCGGGUCUCGUGGACAUGGACCAAGUACAGAUACAUCCUACCUCUCUGGUAGACCCGAAAGACCCCACCAACCUGUCCAAGUUCCUGGCUCCGGAGUCCAUGCGCGGGUCCGGCGGCAUCCUGCUAGACGCCGAAGGGAAGCGUUUCGCCAACGAGCUCACGACUCGCUCAGUCCUAACCGACGCCAUCUUUGAGGCUGGGAAACCAAUGCCCGGGGCUAAGCCAGAGGGGGGAGGGGAGCCGGAGGGAAUCGCUCCCACGGUGGCGUACCUUGUCCUGAACGAGGAAGCCGCGGGCGCGUUUGGCACAGGCGUCUUGGGUUUCUACAUGAGCAAGGGGCUCGUGCGGCGCGCAAGCGGUGCCGUGGAAGCCUCGGAGAUGAUGGGACACUCCGACGGCGGGAAGGCUCUGAAGGAAACCCUGGAGGCCUACGCCGCCGCGGCGAGCGGGGAGCGGACCGACGACUACGGCAAGACCGUCUUCCCGGCGAAAAGCUUUUCCGCUGACGAAACCCUCUACAUUUCGAUCAUAACACCAGCAAUCCACUACACCAUGGGGGGUGUGCGCAUCGACGGCGAAGGUCGCGCCCUCGGGGAGCUCGCAGGGGACGGGGGAGUCGCGUCCCCGAUCCCCGGUCUUUUCGCUGCCGGGGAAGUCACAGGGGGGGUCCACGGGGCCAAUCGCCUGGCAGGGAAUUCUCUCCUUGAAUGCGUGGUGAUUGGCCGACUCGCUGGCCAGCAUGCGGGGGGGGAGGCAGUAGCGUCGGUGUCCGAAGGUAGCGACAGCGGGGAAGACAGCGCGGAGAAUAUUAAGAACGGGAAUGAAUUGUAGGUAAUGUGGACGAAGAGCGGGGGUGGCCAACCGAGAGGCUCGAUCGUGAGAGGGGGCUGUGAAGAGACUGUCCUCGAGCAACGAACGGCAUAGAAAGUGGGGUAUGUUCGUGUAGUUUAGGGGGGUACCCUCUGGUCUGUUUGUAUGCGAGAAUGGAUCUGCAAUGUGGCAUUGCGUUGGCCGUUGACCAUGCGCCUCACGCUGUCGAGACAACAGUGCCGUGAAACGAGCGAGACGUAUG